AUGGCGGAGGAUUUCGAGGAUGCGGGCCAACGGUACACUUUCCUCCUCCGGCCAGUGAAGGAUUUAGGGAAAAAUUUCGAAACCAACAUUGCAAAGGAACUUGACGACUAUUGCGAACGGCUUCGUAGUGUUUCCGAUGAUGCGCAUGAGGGCGUUGACAACCAGCAUAGGUUCAACUUCGCUGAAGCAGCGAUGCUCAUUCAAGGCUCGGCGUAUGUUUUCGGCAAAAAAGUUGACUACGUCCACUCCCAGGCAAUCCAUUUCUUCGAAGCGUUGCAACCACAGAAGACUAAGAAGAAGAAAAAGAAGAAAGGAGAAGAGGAGGAAGAUGAAGGAUUCGUUGAGGGCGACGCCACUAGUAUUGACCCAUGUGAUUUGCAAGACGCCAGCAAGGUGAAAGCUUGUAAAGAAAGCUCUCUACUCAGGAAUUUCGAAAAAAGUAAAUAUAAGGGACAUCCGCCUAAAAUCAAAGUGAUGCCAAUGUCAUUAAUGCCAUUGGCGGACAACGAGAAAAAUGGAGUACUGAUCUAUUCUACCGGUUACCGUAUGGAAAUUGUGGGUAAAAUGGACGACUUCAAAAUGAACGCUGGUUUCCUGAACAGUAGGGGUGUACUAUUGCUGCAAUUGGCUGAUAAUAAAAUUGUUGAUGAGUUUGCUAGUGAAGCAUUCCUUCGAAUGUGGCAUCCAUAUCUCUUCAAUCCUGACGGAACCUUCGUAGCAAAACCAUGCGGUGCCCAUUAUCGUGCUGUAAUGGAAUGUUUGAAAAGACGUCUCACACAGUCUAAUGCUCCUAGUUCAGGAAGAGGGACUCUUACAGGCGAUUCUGGAUCUGAUCAUGGCCGGAUACCUAGUGCUCUGGAGAUUGGGCGGGCAUCUAGUGCUAUGGAGGUUGCUCGUCGUGGAACAACUGGCACUUUCAACGAUUUACAAUCUGCUAGACCAAGUACGCGAUUGCUAGAGGCACCGGAAAUAGAGUCGCAAAAAGCGAACCAGAUUCCGGAGGGUGGCGAAGAUUUUGAUAGUUUCGAUGGUGGAAUGGAUUGUGGAGACUUCUCAUUACCUGUGCCAUCUGUGCCAUGUGAGAAGCGUGCAUCUCGUUCGCAGCAACCUUGUGUCAUGCCGUGGGAGAUCAACGAGAACGAAGCCGAAGAGGAUUGUACACAAAAGCUACUGUUGGAUCCAUUCGAUACCGUCAAGUGGAAAACGAAGGCAAUAGAGAAAAUCGAGCGAUUUAAGGAAAAGAACAUGACCUUCCAAAAGCGCACAAUGAGGACCAACGAGUAUGUCAAAGAACACUUCUUCAUGCGGAAAAAGGUUAAAAAGUGUAAAGAAGACGAUUGGCAAUCUGAAGCCCUCUAUCGCUUUAUCGUUGCCGUUAUGAAAAAACGAGCUGAAGCUAAGCGCGAGAAGCGGAAAGCAAAGGUGAAUCCAAUGACUGAAGGUUGGUGGUGUGGUAGCGUUAUUUUCGACUCUCUUCGUGUACUCGCCGUAGAAUUUCUCUUGAUCGUUUUAGCUUUCAGUUCAGCCGUGAUGCUGUUAUAUCUUUUUGUGUUUUAA